UGAUUUGUCAGCUCAUAUUCAGAGCAAGCGGGCAUUUUUAUUUUAUUCACAAGCUAAUUGUAAAAAAUCGUGAUAGAAUAAUAGUUAUACUAUACUGCAAGCAGUUAUUUAGAAAAUAAAAAUAAACCCCGUAGAGUAGUUAUAAUGAGCCCUCGUUCACGUAGCCGUAGUAUUUCCCCACGUCGCAGUUACACCAAGUCGCCAGUUCGACGCGGCAAUGGGCGUCGUUUCUUAAAUAGACGACAUUCAAAAGAAAAGGUGUACAGUUCUCGCAGUAGAUCAGCCUCACGACAACCGCCUUCUCCACCACCACUGCCAUCAGGACGAGGUGGACGUUACUCAGAAGCCAGUCAAAGCUCUUCAACGUCACUCUCUCCCCGUCAUGGUCGUCGUAUUUCCCGUUCACGUUCCCGUAGCACAUACGAAAAGCGUCGUGGUAAUAGGGAAAAGCCAGUGCAAAAUCGGUGUAUAGGUGUAUUUGGUUUAAGUGUGUAUACAACGCAACAAAAAAUACGUGAUAUAUUUUCCAGAUUUGGACCCAUUGAACGAAUACAAGUUGUAAUUGAUGCACAGACUGGUAGAUCGCGUGGAUUUUGUUUUAUUUAUUAUGAGGACAUAGCGGAUGCAAAGGCGGCCAAGGACGCUUGCUCUGGCAUGGAAAUUGAUGAUCGGCGCAUAAGAGUUGAUUACUCAACAACGCAAAGACCGCACACCCCCACACCUGGUGUCUAUAUGGGCCGACAAACUCGGCGUGAACGUGAGCAUAAUGAUCGCUAUCGAGAUGACUAUCGUCCCCGUCGUCGCUCGGGCUCACCUUAUCACAGUCGCAACAAUAACUACCGCAGUGAUCGAAGGCGUCGUUAUGAACGCAGCCGGAGUCGUUCCUACUCGCCGCGGCGUGCACGCUAUUAAAACUGUUAUCAGUAAUAUAUACACAAAAAACAUAAACUGUAGUAGAGGUGUCGCAAAACGCUCUGCUACCUAUGUUUUCAAAUGGACAUAGUGUGCAAAAUUUGGACAAAAAAUACAGAUUUUAAACAGCUGCUGAAUUAUAAGGAAAUAUCAUGAGUUAUUGGUUGCUUACGUCCGUCUUUUGUUAACGUUCUCAUUAUAUUCAGCAUUUGGCAGCAAAUUAUUUAUUAUAAAUAAUGAAUGGAAUGUGUUUUUUAAUUGUAACAAUCGAAUUAACGUCCUAUUCAGCCAGCAGCACAAUAUUGAAUUAUUUCGCCCAAGUUUGGCAUUUACUCUUAGUUCUUAUUAUUUAUGCUAGUUUCAAUGCAAUUACAAUUGCUAUUUAUUUAAUAACACCAUUUAUUAUUUGCUCACUUAUAACACAUUUUAUUUGUUGACUACCAAACAUUUUUAUAACUCUAUGUUUAGCAGUAGAUAGUAGUGUAUUGCAAUUUCAUAACUAAAACAAAAAAAAAAAAAAACAAGCACCAUUUAAAUGUGAUGUAGCCACCUCUGCA